AUGGGCCCGAUCGAUAUGACGGUUGAAAGCAAAGCCUGCUGUGCGUGCGCCCGCGCCAAGCGAAAAUGCGAGCGGCAGAUCCCAGCCUGCAGCCGGUGUCAGGCCAGGGGCAUGCGCUGCGAAUAUCCGUCGGCCUCUUACGAGCCAUUCGACCAGCCUCAGGUCCGCCAUCACCAGGUCGCCGUCUCGGAGGAACCAUUAUCCCACCUUCUAUUUGGCCUUUCCGAAGACAUGAUGUCUGUUGAUGACUUUACGUCCCGUGGCUUAGAUACCAUCGUUGGGAACCCCGGCAGCAUUGAGCCGAACCCAAAACCACAAUCUCCUCCAUUGCCAUGGUAUCUGGAAAAGGAUUCAUGGGAUAUUGACCACCUGACAUCACAUAGCACUCCACCUUUCUGUAGUGUUGUUCUGAAUAGCUACACCGACAACAUCAAAGAAUGGCUAACAUGCUGGGUCGAAACCGGAGCCUGUCCAUUUAUCCAUCUUCGGACUUAUAACCACCAUAUCCCACGAUGUGUUCAAGAUGCAUACACAGCAUUGACAACCUACCAAAAUAUGAAAGAAUCGAACAGGUCAAUCGUCAUGACUCUUCUCGAACAGAGGAUUAAACAGCUGUUGGCUGACCAGCCACAUCUGCCACCAGGGGCCAGCAGCGACGAGGACGCAGGGGCGGCGGCACUCAACACCUUCGAGCACCUGGCCCGCGUCCACGCCCUCCUCAUAUACCAGAUUAUCUGCCUGUACGACGGAGACAUUCGCCUCCGACACGUCGCGGAGACACAAAUACCAACGCUGAACUUAUGGCUGCGGCAGCUCAUCUCGUCCGCCCAGCACACAUCCGCCCAGGGGCCGGAGUCCUUCAUCUCCCCCCUGGUCACGCCGCCAGACCAGCAGGACCCGCUCAUGCAGGUGCGGAUAGGCGGGCACGACGGCAACAUGGAGACAGUGGCCAUGGGGGGGUCCUUCCUCUCCCGGGAGGACGUGGACUGGUACGCGUGGCUGUUCGCCGAGACCAUCCGCCGGACGUGGCUCGUCGCGUCCAGCGUGCAGACCAUAUACCUGACGCUGCAGGUCCUCUGGGCGCCGUGCCCCGGUGGCUUGCCUUUUACGACCCGCAAGGGUGCCUUCGAGGCGAUGUCGUCGUUUGCCUGGGCGGCGUGCUGCGAGGGCCACAAGCAGGGGAUAGACUUCGCCCGGAGGCAUAAGCAUCGGCUGUUUGAAGAAUGUAGACCGGAGCAUAUAGAUGAGUUCACGGUGCGCUUGUUGGAAAUUAGUUAUGGCCUUGAGAGGAUAGAGCGGUGGAGGUACGGGAAAUGA